UAGAACCAUGCAUUGACGCUUUCGUUAGUUUUAUAGUGGUGAAUGAGUAACACCGAGUAUACAAAAAACGCGUAAAAAAUAUCAAUACAUAUUCACGAGAGCAAACACACAUUGAUGAUAAAUAUUACGAAAUACAUGGCAGCAUGCACGACAUAUAGCGUAUAGGCGUCCACCAACUUAAUAGUGUGUUUCUCUAAAACUUGUGUCACUAACAGUGUUAAUUUGUUCUGUGAAUUCGAAAAACAUUACGUUGCAGUCAUGAGUUGUGGUUUUGUGACCUGUGGCCCAAACGAAGCUCUCGUUGUUUCGGGAUGCUGCUACGGGAAACCUCUGCUUGUUCCUGGAGGACGGGUUUUUGUUUGGCCGAUUGUCCAACAAGUUCAAAAGAUAUCACUGAACACAAUGACGCUUCAAGUUGAAAGCCCCAUGGUUUACACCGGUCAGGGUGUUCCUAUAUCUGUCACUGGAAUUGCGCAGGUGAAAAUUCAAGGUCAGAACGAAGAAAUGCUUUCGACAGCUUGUGAACAAUUUCUUGGUAAAAAUGAGGAUGAGAUUCACAAUAUUGCUUUGGUUACUCUUGAAGGGCAUCAAAGAGCCAUUAUGGGAAGCAUGACGGUUGAGGAAAUCUACAAAGAUCGAAAAAAAUUCAGUAAAGAAGUAUUCGAAGUGGCGAGCAGCGAUCUAGUCAACAUGGGAAUCACCGUUGUCUCGUACACACUAAAAGACAUUCGCGACGAGGAAGGGGCAAAGGGUUAUUUGAAAGCUCUUGGAAUGGCCAGAACCGCCGAGGUCAAAAGAGAUGCCAGAAUCGGCGAGGCAGAGGCUCGCAGGGAUGCACAAAUUCGUGAAGCUAUCGCCGAGGAGCAAAGAAUGGCUUCGAGGUUCUUGAAUGACGCUGACAUCGCCAAAGCUCAGCGAGACUUUGAGCUCAAAAAAGCUGCUUACGACGUCGAAGUUCAGACCAAGAAAGCUGAGGCGGAAAUGGCUUUUGAGCUCCAAGCUGCUAAAACGAAGCAACGAAUUAUGGAAGAACAAAUGCAGGUCAAAGUCGUCGAGAGAGGACAAGAAAUUGCGGUGCAAGAACAAGAAAUUUUACGUCGGGAGAAAGAACUCGAUGCUACUGUCAGACGGCCAGCCGAUGCAGAAAAAUACAGGCUCGAGAAAAUGGCUGAAGCGAAUAAACUGCGUUUGGUAAUGGAAGCCGAGGCCGAAGCUGAAGCGAUCAAAAUUAGGGGCGAAGCUGAAGCUUUCGCGAUCGAGGCUAAAGCCAAAGCAGAAGCCAGUCAAAUGGCAAAGAAAGCCGCGGCUUUCAGCGAGUACGGAAAUGCUGCCAUGGUCGACAUGAUGCUGGACACUCUUCCAAAGGUUGCAGCUGAAGUGGCAGCGCCGCUCUCACAAGCGAAGAAGAUAACGAUGGUUUCCAGUGGAAACGGCACGGUCGGAGCCGAAAAACUGACCGAUGAAGUUUUGAGCAUCGUGACACGAGUGCCCGAGCUCGUGAAAACGCUCACAGGCGUCGAUAUCGCGAAAUCUGUCCAUGCUGCGUAAACGUUCUCCCCGGUCCAAGAGAUUCCUUGUUGAAGUUUACGAUCAACAAAACCAUCAACAUUAGAUUUAAAUGUUUCUAAUUGAUCUGAAAAGAAUCUCUCCCUGGUACAAGAGUGUUUUAUACGCAUUUUCACAACCGAAAAUUUUAUUCUAUUCGACUUUCGGUACUGAGCAUUUUUUUCGAAAUUUGAAAAGCUUUUAAAACCCUGCAGUUUUUCAUUUUCAACAAUAAGGACCAAAACCCAUCAAUAAAUGCCUUCCUCAAGGAAUUGGGUAAUCCAAUAGAAAAGGUUUUCGUUUAAUUUCCGGUAAUAAAAAAUAUUAUUUUGGAAUAAAAAUUUUAGAGUCCAUUACAGAAAAAAAUUAACAUUUUUGCUUUUAUUUUAUAAGUGAAAACUCAUGAUUAUGACAUUGAAAGUGUCUCGAAAGGUUUUUCAGAUCAGAUUUUUUCAAAUCCUCAAAUAUACCUUCUUAAUCAUCGAAAUUUUUUGAUCGUGGAAGUGCGAAAAAACACCUUUGAGUGAAAAACAAAAGUAAUCAAGUAAGAAAAGCUUUGAACGACGUUUUGUCGGUCAAAAUAUUUUCUCAAUUUACAAAAACGGAUAUCUAUUGCCCUGAAAAUUCUCUUGCUGUAGAUAAACAAUUUCUCUGUUGAAGAAAAGGACCCACAAUUGUACCAAUUUUUGUGUGUGACGCAACAAAGCCUCCGACGAAUUUUUCCUCGCUGAGGCGCAAAUUAACUCAUGAAAAAUUUCACUAUUAAUAUAUAAAAAGCUAUUGUACUAAUAUAUUUUCCAUGGCAACCCUUUCGCUUGAAAAAAUUCAUUUUCAGGAUAUGUUGAAGUAAAUAAUUGGAAAAAAUCGAUUUUUAUGUGGCUCGGUGAGAAAAAAUCUUAUAAAAAAAUUUUUUCUAGUUCUUUAGUUUCGUUAGUAAAAUUUUGUUCCAGAAGUCGAAAGGGUUGAUAAAACUUUAUAAUUGAGUAGCGUUCCGUCCGAAUGGACACCAUCACACUCGUAAAGAUUUAUUGAGAUAAUUUUUUUACGACAAUUUACCAAUUUCUUCUUUUUAUUUUGCCAAUUUUCUUUGUCCUUAUUACACUAUUUGCCAGCGUGUGCCGCGACGGUUGUUCGAUUCCUUUACUAGUUUCAAAGCUGACCUUAAACUUAGUAAUGUUUAGUAUACACACGAACCUUCUUACCUCAAUGUAUGUAAAAAAUCACCCAAACAAGCGAAACCGCAAUUUUUUCUAUUUUCGAGAUAAAUUCGUCAUCGUAGUUUCUCUAGUCCACUAUUUGAAACACUAAAAUAUAUUUUGGAUGAAUUGCAAUAGUUUUCGUGUUCAGUCAUAGUGUUUUGUUCAAAUUUCAAGACUUAUUGGCAGUCCGAAAAAAAUGAGGUUAUGUCUUUUAAGACUUUGCCAACGUUCAUAUGCAAUAAUAAAAUUAUUGGAAAAAUAUCAACAAAUUUUUGGACAUACAUUUUGCAUGGACUGAAUUUAUUGACUUCUUCAAACAAUUUCGAAUUUUGUGAAGUUUUUCUUUGGCACGUUUUCAUCGAUUAAAAAAGAUAUUUUUAUUGGGAAUCAAUGUUCAGAAAGUUUUGGAGAUGCUUAAAUUUUAUUGGAUUUUCAUCUCGAUUGCUAGGUUCCGAAAUUCCAAUCGAACUAUAUUUUUAGUCAAAAAACAUUUGGAAUUCAUCCUUAACCAAAAAAUAAAUCAGAAAUCAGAAUACGCAUUAUUUGUGUAACGCACUUGUAUAAUUUUUUUUCCAUUCAACAAAGAAAUAUUCUACGAAUGGAUGUUUCAUUCAAUUUUAUCUAAACCUUUGAUAUGUCAAUUCAUAUUUAAAAAAUGCCACAAUAUUUUAUCAGCGAGCUCCACAUUGAUAUUUUUAAGAUUUAGUCUUACAUACAAAUCGAAUGUGUAAUCGUACAGUAUCCCCAAAAUCAUGAAGUGAAAAGUAGAUUUUGAAGAGUACGGACUCACGGACAUGGGUGUCAAAAUAUCUUUUCGAUUUACCAACUUCCAUGUACGAGCAAACGUAUAUACCACCAAAACACUUGUUUACUUGCAAAUUUUCGUAGAAUUUUCGUCUUGAAAAGCAAUCAAUUAUCCAUUUAUUGGUAUUUUGUUUAUAAUUAUUCGUGCAAUUAUCACUGACUGCCAUUAUUUUGAAAAUUUUCUGAAAUUCUGUCGUUCUUUAAUUGACUGAACGAUUUUUUGGCUCUCCGAUCGACAAGACCUUUUAUUUGUCAUUUAAAUGUAAAAGUUUAGACUCGAGUGUUCUGAAGCUUUCGAUAAUAAAAACGAACAAAUAUUAA